AUGUGGACCGUGGUGCUUCUCCUCACUAUGGGAACAGUGGAUCUGAGCCUAAGCCUGCAUAACAGCCAGUUCCAGUGGCUGUCCCAUCUACGUGGGCGGCGGAGGCACGCCGGCUGGCGGUCUGAGGACGUGGAUUGCCCCCUGGAGUGCGACUGCCCCUCAAGCUUCCCCACGGCUAUGUACUGUAACAGCCGCAACCUCCAGCAUGUCCCCUAUGUCCCCUUGCACAUUAAGUACAUCUACCUGCAGCAUAACCAGAUCACAGGCAUCCAGGAUGGGGUGUUUGACAACGCCACGAACUUGGUCUGGGUGGUGCUGUUCCACAAUCGGCUCACCUCGGAGAAGAUCGGCAAGAACGUCUUCAGCAAGCUCCAGCACCUGGACCGGCUCCUCUUGGAUCACAAUGAGCUCACACGUGUUCCUCCCAACUUGCCAAAGUCAAUCACAGACCUGCGACUUGGUCACAACAAGAUCUCGAAAGUUCAAUCCAGCUCGUUCGAGGGCAUGGCCAACCUCGCCACCCUUCAGCUGCAAGGGAAUGUCAUAGAGGACGUUGGAGGUGUGUUCAAGGGACUGAAGUCUCUGACCAUGCUGGAUAUGAGGAAAAACAGGCUGAGGAAAAUCCCUGAGAACCUGCCUGAGAGGCUGCAGCAGCUCUACCUGGAGUUCAAUAACAUAGAGAGCGUGCAGGAGGGCUUCCUCACCAUGAACCCCAAACUUCACUUUGUCCGUUUGGCUCAUAACAAGCUGACAGACAAAGGACUUCCAUCCAAUGUCUUCAACAUCAGCACGCUUGUUGAGCUUGACCUUUCUUUCAAUAAACUGGAGAAGAUCCCUGUUGUCAGUAGGAACCUGGAGAACCUUUACUUACAUGCCAAUAAGAUCAAAGAGUUCUCCCUGAGCAGCUUCUGCGGUUCAAUCGACAUGACAAACUUCUCCAGGCUGAGAAUGCUGCGUUUGGAUGCCAAUGAGAUCAGUGCCAAAGACAUUCCUGCCGAGGCUGCCUACUGUUUGCGGCGUGUUGCCUUUAUCGAUGUGUAGCGCUGCCUGCUCUCUCGCUCUGAUUUCUCUCAACUCAUCCAGGGUGUCGCUCUAUUUUUAACACCCCCUUUAGCUAUAUUUACCAUACAUUCAUGUCACAGUCCACUCCAUCAAAACACAUUUGAGAUAAGAGAUAAGAGAGAUAAGAUAAUCCUUUAUUAGUCCCGCAGCGGGGAAAUUUGCAAUGAUGUGUUGUGAAACUGUUAUGAGAACAAUCAUUGUUAUUCGGAAUGAUUAAACAGUUCCAGUAUUAGUCAACAGGAAAUACCAGAGCUGUAUAAUCACGUAUCCAGAUGAGCAAUGGGGACAGGCUUAAUCCUUUCCACAAACUAAUUAGAAUAUCAGUUCUUGUGUCCUUGCAGAAAUAAUACUACGCAUAAAUAUGUUGUAGCCGGUGACAACAAGCUCUGCUUGUGUCCUGUCUGGCAAAAUAUAACCUGUAUAAAAAAUCCUGUCCUCAACGUGAGAGCCAGUCUUUGCUUCCACCAUGUGGCACAAGGUGAUAAAACAGCAGGUUGAGCAGCCCUAAUUCUCAUUACCGUAUUAAUAUUAUGCAAUGUCACAUCAUCAGUAAGAGAACUGUUUGACUGUUACUUUUAUAGAAUAAUUUACCAUGAACAUUUAAAGCUGUGGGAUCAAGUGUUUAUAAAAGGUGAAAUAACAUGUUUUCUUCCUCAAAUGAGCCUCUGAAUUAUUCAAAGAUAAUCUCAUAUUGGUUUCAAGACUGUGAUAAAUAUAUCUAAUAACUGCUGUUGUA